AUGGAAGCGACAGUCCCUAUUGUGAUCGAAACGAAAGAUGCUGUUAACCAGACCAUAGUCACUUCCGAUGUGGACUAUGUUCAAGAAGAUGUCCAGGCACGCGUCUCAAAGCCAAUCGUACGUCACGACUGGCUACUAGUUGUUCUGACUAUGUUGUCUUCUACCUUCCUUUUCUCGUUGGACAACACUAUCGUUGCUGAUGUGCAGUCGCCUAUUAUCAAGAAGUUUGGCGAGGUCGGAAAGCUGAGUUGGCUGGGAGUUGCCUUUGUUCUUGCAUCCUCUGCGACAAUGGUUACCUGGGGCAAACUCUACGGUAUUUUCAGCGCUAAAUGGAUCUAUGUCACAUCAGUCGUGCUGUUUGAAGCUGGCAGUGCUGUUUGCGGCGCAGCUCCCAACAUGAAUGCCUUUAUUAUCGGCCGUGCUAUUGCUGGUCUUGGAGGAGCUGGAAUGUAUCUUGGCUGUCUAACCUUAUUGUCAAUCACCACUUCCGUUCGCCAGCGACCAACCUACAUGGCUCUUACGGGAAUCACAUGGGGAAGUGGUACAGUUCUAGGUCCUGUAGUCGGCGGUGCAUUUGCCCAAAACGUCCACACAACAUGGCGAUGGGCAUUUUACAUCAACCUAUGCAUUGGAGCUGUCUUUGCUCCCGUGUAUAUCUUCUUUUUGCCCCGUGCUGAUCCUCAGGAAUGCAUUUCGCUGAACCAUAAACUUCAGCAGAUUGAUUAUCUCGGCGCUGUCCUCAAUGCUGGCGCCUUGGCAGCCCUGGUAAUGGCGAUCAGUUUCGGAGGCAACCUUUUUGACUGGGAAGCAGGCCGGGAGAUUGCGCUGUGGGUUGUGGGUGGUGUUCUGCUCCUCUUGUUCGGCCUGCAGCAGGCAUUUAAGAUUGGCACGACUAGGGAAGAACGGAUUUUCCCUGCGGAUUUACUCCGAAUGCCUAUCAUGUGGCUUUUGUUCGCUCUUAUGUGUGCUGCAUCAACCUGUGUCUUCAUCCCCACCUAUUACAUCCCGAUCUACUGUCAAUUUGUCAAAGGAGAUUCGCCUCUCACUGCUGCCGUGAGACUUCUCCCUUUUAUUGUUCUCAUGGUCUUCUCGGGGCUUUCAAAUGGUGCCUUGAUGUCGAAUCUUGGAUACUACAUGCCAUGGUAUCUGGCAGGUGGCAUUCUUGCUAGUAUUGGAGGUGGCCUCAUGAGCACGAUCGACGAGACCAGCCCUAUUUCCUAUGUUUACGGUUAUUCUGCUCUUAUCGGCAUCGGUGCGGGAAUGUUCAUUCAGACAGGAUUCUCUGUAGCGCAGGCUAAGGUCUCACCCACCCAUGCCGCUGAUGCUACCUCCUUUAUUGCCUUUGCUCAAAACAUCGGCAUCGUGAUCGCGCUCGCUAUUUCAGGAUCAUUGUUCCAGAAUCAAGCCCUGGAUAGCCUCCAAGAUUUAUUGCCGGGGAUUCCGCGUGAAACCCUACGAGGUGCAAUCUCUGGAUCCAACAGCGAACUGAUCAAGAAGAUCCCAGCUGAGGCUCAAGCUGAAGUCCUUCAUGCCAUUGUGCAUGCUAUGUCUCACACUUAUUAUCUGGUGAUCGCCGCGGCUGUGAUGACCGCGCUUGGCUCUCUCUUUUUCAAGCGAGAGAGAAUCUUUGUCCAAGCUACCACUAUGGGCUAA